UUCAGGGAUAAAUGGCAGAGGCGGACCAUACCCAUAGUCAGUUUUGUUUUGUCCUGUGACUGACAGUCAAAGAGGGGGGUACCUGGAGCUGAAGAAGUAAUUAAUUUCACACCAACAGCUGUCAAACUAGCUACAGCAAAAUGUGGCGUGCAGCCUUCCUCUUAUUGGCUGCCAGCUUGUCGGUGAGCCUGGCCAGACCCCACCUGCAUCCACUGUCCAGUGAGAUGGUCAACUACAUCAAUAAGGUCAACACUACCUGGAAGGCUGGUCACAAUUUCCAUAAUGUGGACUACAGUUAUGUCAGGAAACUCUGCGGUACGAUGCUGAAGGGACCUAAACUGCCAGUCAUGGUUCAGUACGCUGGAGAUAUGAAGCUGCCGGAGGAAUUUGACUCAAGAGAGCAGUGGCCCAACUGUCCCACUCUGAAGGAGAUCAGAGACCAGGGAUCCUGUGGAUCCUGUUGGGCUUUCGGUGCUGCAGAGGCCAUCUCCGACCGAGUGUGUAUCCACAGCAACGCCAAGGUCAAUGUGGAGAUUUCCUCCGAGGAUCUGCUGACCUGCUGUGACAGUUGCGGCAUGGGAUGUAACGGUGGCUACCCCUCAGCUGCUUGGGACUUCUGGACCAAAGAGGGACUGGUCUCUGGAGGCCUCUAUGACUCCCAUGUUGGUUGCCGACCUUACACCAUCGCCCCCUGUGAGCACCAUGUGAACGGUAGCAGACCUCCCUGCACUGGAGAGGGUGGAAAUACACCUGAUUGCGUCGCCAAGUGUGAACCUGGAUACUCACCCAGCUACAAAGAGGACAAGCACUAUGGUAAAACGUCCUACAGCGUUCUGUCAGAUGAACAGCAGAUUCAGUCUGAGAUAUUCAAGAAUGGCCCAGUAGAGGGAGCCUUCAUCGUCUAUGAAGACUUUUUGCUGUACAAAUCUGGUGUGUAUCAGCAUGUGACUGGGUCUGCUGCGGGUGGACACGCCAUCAAGAUGCUUGGCUGGGGGGUGGAGGAUGGUGUUCCCUACUGGCUCUGCGCCAACUCCUGGAACACCGACUGGGGGGAUAAUGGUUACUUUAAAAUCCUGCGUGGAUCUGAUCACUGUGGUAUUGAGUCUGAAGUUGUGGCUGGCAUUCCCAAAUAAAAACCAGGUUCGGAGCAGAAGUGUCAUUACAUAAUCACUAGAGGGCGACACACAGGAAUUCUUCAACACCUUUUUAACUGCAUUUAGUCCCUAAAGUUACAACUCCACUGAUCACUGGCACACAUGACAUGUGGCUUUCUUUUGAUGGCAGGCAGAAAAAACUUGAGCAGCCUCUACAUGAAGGUGGUUUUAGCAGAUUGAGUAUGAUAGCAACUACUGUAUGUCACAUUGCUGUAUGGCAGUCUAAAGGUUGCACAGGAG